AUGGAGAUUCCAUCACAUAUCGAGAACAGCUUCGGGGACGCGUGCGCUAGUGGUGAUGGUAUUGCCUUCCAGUCGGGUGUGAACAAUGGGACAAUAAACAUCAAUCAGAGAACGAGGCAAAUCCUUUUGCCCAAAGGGGCUUAUAACGCCGCGUUUGAUGGUGCAAACAAGGAACACACGCCGAGUUGUCUACAAGGCACACGCGUCAAACUGUUGGAAGAGAUACAGACGUGGAUCGAUGGCGAUAAUCCCAGGAGGCUCUAUUGGCUCAGCGGCAUGGCUGGUACAGGAAAAUCCACCAUCGCCCUGACAUUAGCCCGAACAUACAAGCCUGCGAUAGAAACGAAGGAACGCCAAAGAAACGUGUGCCUGGGGGCAAGUUUCUUUUUCUCAAGGGGUGGUGGUGACCUUUCAUCCGCGAGCAAAUUCCCUGCAACAAUAGCGAUCCAGCUUGCUGAAGCUUCGGGAGAGCUUCGAGGGCUUAUUCAGAGUGUGAUUGAAGACAAUCCUCGCCUUGACAGUUUGGGUAUUCGAGCGCAGUGGGGAAAACUCGUCAUUGGGCCUCUCUCUUUGCUUUCCCGAAAUUCCGGGGAUCUUCCAACCCUCCUGCUGAUUGUUGACGCUUUGGAUGAAUGUAAUGAUGGCAAUGAUGCUAAUGCCAUCAUCCGUUGCCUGGAGGAAGUGACGCAAAUGUCUGGUGUUGAAUGCCGUGUUUUUCUCACCAGCAGACCUGAACAAUCGAUCAGGCUUGGGAUGAAUGCCGACGCAUCAGUGCCGCGGCAGAAUUUCGUCUUGCAUGACAUCGAACGAUCGAUCGUCGAUCAGGACCUCGAACUGUAUUACAGAGACCAGCUCUGCCACAUAAAAACGACAAUGUCCUCUGAAGAGGAUAUUAUUUCUGAGAAAGCGAUACGAAAGUUGGUUGAGAGAUCCAAUGGGCUGUUCAUUCACGCGGCCACCGUGUGCAAAUUUGUGCACGCGGGCGGGUGGCUUGCAGUCGAGCGUCUGAACAAACUACUGGAGACAGAGAAAUCCGACAGCGCAGAGCUUGAGCUCAACAAGAUGUACAGGGUGGUUCUGGAAUAUUCUUUCGUUUCGGUCACAAAAGGGCUCACCCCGGGCGAGGCUGAAAAGGUCCACCAACUGUUUCAGCAUGUCGUUGGCACAAUCAUUGUGAUGUUCGAUACGAUUAGCUCUGAGGGUUUAGCAAGUCUUCUUGGGGUGGAGAGGGAGCGCAUCAAAAACACAUUGAGUGCUCUUCACUCGGUCAUCAAUGUCCCGGAACGCCACUCUGAGCCCAUUCGAAUCCUCCACCCGUCAUUUCGCGAAUUUCUGCUUGAUCCAAAGCGUUGUACCGACAAGUUCUAUUCAAUUUCGGUCUCCGAUGCGCACGGCCGUCUUCUUACAAGAUGUGUUGCGUACCUGAUGUCUCAACUGAAACGGAAUAUCCUCGACAUUUCAAAACCCGGAGCCAAAGCCCGGGAUGUAUCAAUGGAAAGAAUCGACCGAAAAAUCCCAGUGGAACUUCAGUAUUCCUCGAUGUACUGGUGGAGUCACUUCCAAAAUAGUGAUGGCCACUCGCGAAAAGAGUUGCCACUUCUGGUAUUUCUGGAAGACAAGUAUCUUUUCUGGCUUGAAUGUCUCGCUUGGCUUGGAAAGCUCGGAUACGCUAUUCAAGCGAUGUCAGAAAUGAAUUCCAUUCUCACCAAGAAACCAUUGCAGAGCGGAUUCUCAACAUCGAUGCCAUCCUACCAUCGGAAAACGAAAAAAGCUUCACAGCUCCAUGCAUUCGUGCCGGACGCCUUCCAAUUUCUGCUGCGAAACAAAUUGAUGAUUGAGGAAGCGCCUCUACAACUCUAUCUCUCGGCGUUGAUCUUCAGUCCAAACUCCAGUGAGGUCAAGAAAAAAAAUCGCAAAGAGAUACCAAGCUGGAUUUUGAAUGAGCCUAAUGUGCCAGAAAAUCGUAAGAGGUUGCCUGGCGGGCUUUCAAUUGCGCAUUCUUCCGUCAUUCACUCUUUUGCGGUCUCACCGGACAGUAGUCUUGUUGCUACAGCUUGUGGAGAUUGCAUGGUUCACAUAUGGGACGCAACAAGCGGAAUGAAGAGAUCAACGCUCGAGGGCAAUCCGGAUGGGUUGGCAAGGGUGUGCUUUUCACCAGACGGAUGUCUCGUUGCUGCGUUUGCUCAAAAUUGUGUAUCCGUAUGGAACAUUAAAGCAGCCACUGAUGCAACAAUUCAGCCUGAGUGUCAAUUUCACUUCAAUCGCCAAGGAUCUGCGACAGCAUCUUCUCACCACCCAGCAUGUGCGAUUUCCCCAUGCGGGAAUCUAGUCGCAGUGAUUGAUUACCCCCAUGAUAUCUGGGUUUGGGAUAUGAGGGCGAAGCAAUCGGUCAAGUACCAAUUUCAGAUUGAGGCCCAGAGACCCAUCACUGGUGUAUACUUUUCAUAUGAUGGAUCAUUGUUGAUCUGCGUUACAUUCUGGUCAGAGAAACUCUAUGAGACUCUCGAUGCUUGGUCUAUAUCGACUGGGAUCAAUGUUUCAAACGACGGAGCCUCCCUCGGAGAGUUUUCCCAGGCGAUCAUGCCUGAGACCAGGGAUCUUUCCAAGCCGCCACGUCUGCUUGAGACGUCCGGUGGGGCACACCUGGUUUUUUUGGAUGGCUUUCCCGACGAAAGCGAAGGUGUCGUGUUCAUUCCGCUUUUUAACGAUGCCUCAUUCAAAACAUCGUUCGUAUCGGAUGCCGUGGGCCUACAUGCAUCCUUGGAGGGAUCUAAGGUUUAUCUGUUGAUGGGAGAGCAAUUCAAAAAAGUCACUCUGCAAAGUGACUCUUCGGAAUUCAAAAGCAUCCAGUUCUCGCCGAAUGGAAAACACCUAAUCACAAUCAAUUCAUCCGAUGAACUGACAAUAUGGAACAUGGAAGGACUUGAGUCGAAGCCCUCCCGACUUCUGGAAAUUUAUGAUGUCUUUCGAGGGGUAGGCACCAGAUUGAGCAGAUCAAUGAGAAGGAUAAGAGGAGCUCCGCUUUAUAGUCAGGGCCAAAAGCUUUCUCAUCGGAUUGAAGUCUGGAUCCGGUCUCCUGAUGGAAGUCUGUUGGCGACUGAUUCUCCGCGAGGCUCUAACAUCACAAUUUGGGAUAUGAAAACUGGAGAGAUGAAGUUUCGCUUGAAUGGAUUGACCAGUGCUUCUCUCAUGCAAUUUUCCGAAUCAGGAAAUCUUUUCGCAGUGAUUGAUAAGUCCAUUGUUCAUUUCUGGGAGACCAAAACCGGCCAAAAAGGAGACAUACUCAAUAUCGGUCGACAUAAAUCACGAUACAUACUGGACGACAUGCGAGUAUCGGAGAAUGGCGGAAAAUUACUCUACUUCGAGGACCUCAAAUCCGACGUGGAGGGGGUUUCCGACCUCGGUGUUUGGGAGCUUGAUGGCCUACGCAAGAUCUCUGGUUUCAAAAUCCCAGUUCAUUCCUCUACACCGACACGAAUUGCGAUCUCGCCCAACGAGCAGUUCUUUUGCUUAUGGCAAAAAAGAUCACCAUUCAUUGAAGUCGGAAGUUUCUCCUGCAAUACACCUCAAUUGAUACCCUUACGAGAUAGUCCCAGAUGGGUAGGGUUCAUGCCUGAUGGUCAACGUGUCUUGAUUUCUGGCGAUACAGCCAGACAGGGAAAAGAAUCGAUUCAAAUUUGGAACAUCGAGCAGAAGGGCUUCCAGGAAUUUUAUACUGCUCUUCCCCGAAAUUUCUGUUGCGACAUAUUUAAUACCGAGGGUACAGAGUUUCGUCCCUGGGAGAUUUAUGGGCCACACUUGCAGCACACAAAAUCAGUCAUCUCGCCGGAUGGGAAGCUUCUGGUACUCGGGCGACGCCAGCUUGACCACGUUGAGAUUCAUCUGCUCAGAAUAUCCGAUCCGAAGAGUUUAUUCAAGCUUAUUGAUCUCCCGAAAAUACCCAGUCGGAAUGGUACGUAUGGUGAUGGACAUCCCGGGUUUCUCCAAUUUGCUCCGUCUGGAACACACAUUGUUACGGAGCGAGGGAAUGUCCCGCUGCCUGAUGCUACGCCUCCAUCUCCAUUGCUGUUCGCCACACGAUCUUGGAUCCAAGAGGAUGGCGAAGAUAUUUUGGCAAUUCCACCUGCAUAUCGAGACUCCCUCAGAGGUAUCUAUGACCAUACAAUUACAUUCGGUGAUAGUAAAAAUGGGCCGUUGUUUGUGAGACUCGAUGAGGGAAUGAAAUCAAUGACUGCGUGA